GGCCGAGGCAGCGGGCGGGACUCGAACACGUGGGUGUGCGGCUGCCGGCCUGCAGGCUAGGGAGCGCCGGGAGGUGCGGGGAGACGGCUGUGGCAGCGCGGGCGAAUGUAGACUACACCUGAGAGGGGGAGAUAGAAGAGAGGGAGAGAGAGGAACACUUCAAUACUGCUCCACCAUCUGUACUGCACCCAUGGUGCCGGCGCUUGAACUGAGGACCUCAGGCUUGAAGAGGCAUACUCUUGGCCAGGGUGAUGGCCCGCAGCCCGGGGCUCUGGAAUGGCACCCCCAACGGCAGCUGGGACGGAGAUGAGCUGGGCUACAGGUGCCGCUUCAAUGAGGACUUCAAGUACGUGCUGCUGCCUGUGUCCUACAGCGUGGUGUGCGCGCUGGGGCUGUGCCUGAAUGCCGUGGAGCUCUACAUCUUCCUGUGCCGCCUCAAGACCUGGAACGCCUCCACCACCUACAUGUUCCACCUGGCCGUGUCAGACGCGCUCUAUGCCGCCUCCCUGCCGCUGCUGGUCUACUACUACGCCAGAGGCGACCACUGGCCCUUCAGCACAGUGCUCUGCAAGCUGGUGCGCUUUCUCUUCUACACCAACCUCUACUGCAGCAUCCUCUUCCUCACCUGCAUCAGCUUGCACCGCUGCCUGGGCGUGUUGCGGCCGCUGCGCUCGCUGCACUGGGGCCAGGCCCACUAUGCGCGCAGGGUGGCGGGCGGCGUGUGGGUGCUGGUGCUGGCCUGCCAGGCCCCCGUGCUCUACUUCGUCACCACCAGCACACGGGGGGAGCGCAUCACCUGCCAUGACACCUCGGCGCCCGAGCUCUUCGCGGACUUUGUGGCCUACAGCUCCGUCAUGAUGAGCCUGCUGUUUGCCUUGCCCUUCGCCGUCAUCCUGGCUUGCUACGUGCUCAUGGCACGGCGCCUGCUCAAGCCGGCCUAUGGGACGGCGGGCGGCCUGCCCCGCGCCAAGCGCAAGUCGGUGCGCACCAUUGCCGUGGUCCUGGCUGUCUUCACCCUCUGCUUCCUGCCCUUCCACGUCACCCGCACCCUCUACUACUCCUUCCGCUCACUGGACCUCAGUUGCCACACACUGAAUGCCAUCAAUAUGGCCUACAAGAUCACCCGGCCGCUGGCCAGUGCCAACAGCUGUCUGGACCCCAUACUCUACUUCCUGGCUGGCCAGAGGCUCGUGCGCUUUGCCAGGGACACUAAGCUCUCCCCGGAUGUCACUGUCACCCCCCAGGACCACCACAAGCUGGACCUGCACCACAAGUCCAACCAAACAAACAGCAAGAAGGGGAGGGACAUCGUGGCCAACAGUAAGGACACUAAAGGGACCAGGUCCACAUCAUGCAGUGACCUUCAGAACACUGAUGACAUUCGGCUGUAGAGCCGAGACAUCCCCACCCUGAGCCCAUGCCACUGUGUGUGGAAACUCUAGGGGCUAGGACUUGCUUACAGGGGACUGUCACCUCAGUGACUUGGUCCCAGUGAUCCAGGGUGGCACUUCAACACUCUUGUCACUCAGCAAAUGCUCUUGGGUCCCUCCCUAUAUGUGAGCCGGGUGAUAGGUUCAAGGACAAGUGCUUGACGCUAGUGCUAGCCUAUGCCUGACUUCUGCAUAGCUAACCUGGCCUGCUGAGGUGCCUAGGUUGGAAUCAGGCCUAACCAGUCACAUAGAGAGGACAGGCCCCCAGAGGACAGUGACUGAGGAAUUACCAAGGUCACCUGACUUAAACACUCCAGAGCAGGGGAUUUGUUGCAAGCUGGCCAGAGGGCCCCUGAGGAGCAGGAACUGAGUCCAGGGUUCCUCUGGGAGUCAGGCAGGCUUGGGUCCCACAGUGAACUCCACUCUGUAGUGGCCUCCCCAGCCCAAGCCCUGGGGGGCUGGCAACAUGAACCCCUCUGGGAGCUCCCUGGGCUGGGAGUCAGUUUGAGGCUGUAACUUGCACAAAAUCUGUUGUGAUGGACAAGCUGUACCCUCUUGUGUGCUUGGAGAUCAGAGACACAUGCCGGGAGGUUCAGGGUGCUUGCUCUGCCUGCUGUCUUCUGCCAGCUGCCUUCAUGGUGGGGAUCCCACUGGGGAUCUUCCAUCCAGGUCCCAAGUUACCCCGCACUUUAAAGCAAACUUGUUUCUGUGUCUAGUUCUGCUAGUCCUUGAUUGGAGUAGGUAAGACCUCAGUCCUUGGGAUCUACCCAUUUAAGACAUAAUGGUGAUAGCAGUCAUGUGUGAUGAAUGUUGAACCAUUAAACUAGAACUAGGGAGCUACCCCAGUAGUUUACACAAUAGACUUGCCUGCCAAAGGCUCAGAGGUCCUGGGUUCAGUUCCUAGCACCACAAAAAGCCACAGCUGAGCAGUGUGCUCUGGUCCAUUUUUUCCUUUUUUUCAAUUGAAAUCCUAGGGAGUGGGGGUAGAUGGAAAUUAUUUGCAGCCUUGCCAAUUGUCAUGAUGCAGAUAGUCCUGACCAUAGUGUCACACCACCAGGGUGGUGUCCUCUUCCUUGCAACAGCAAUGAAGGUUCACAGUUGACCCUUGCAAGCUGGGCACCCCAUGUGGGGCAGCAUCAGGAGGCUCACCUGGAGCGGGGGGACUCUGAGCUGUAGUUUCUGAGGAAAGCAGAUCAGGGAGAAGAAUGCAAGGUGUAGUGCGCAUCCUGGGCAGGGAUGUGGGGGCAGGAGAGUUGGGUGUACAGGGGUAGGAGGGGAUGAUGUGGGUACCCAGGGUCCAGGCAACAGUAAGGCUAGGGCUCCACCACAGGGAGCCUGUCCUGCCCUGACCAUGAGGUGGCCUUUGUACUGGGCUUCAUGGGAGACUCAUUCCUCAGCCCAUUCAGUUCUCUGCACCCUGCCAAAAUCCAGCUGCAGUGGCUGGUUCAUCUGGGUACAUAGGUGGGUGUCACCAGUUCUAGGCCCUCUGAGCUGAUUUGUGGAGCUCAGCAGGACAGGGCCAGCCCUGGGCAGGAGCAGAGCAAAGCCAGCUGGUCUUGCUCAGCCUCAGGGAUAAAGACUACCCUCUGCCUCUGCCUCUAGGAGAACCUUGCCCUGCCUAUCUGGCCCACUCUGAAGACUUUUUCCUUGCCCUGCCUCCACCUGCUUCUCCGCUUCUUCAGCCUUCAAAGUGGGUUGGUCUUUAUUUGGAGCCUAACUCCACAGCUCUGUCGGGUGACAGGGACCUGUCACAAGCCAUGAUCCAAAGGGCUACUCCAGAUGGAGCAAUGUGAGCCCUCUGCCCAGAUGUGAUGCUCACUCCCCACACUCUACUCUAAAUCCUGUAUUUCUGUUCAUGUAACUGGAGUCCCCCUGA